GGCAAUGCAAACUAACUGGAGGAGAACGGGUGAUGAUUUUAGAAAACCACGGAACACCAGGGAGAGCUCAAAACUGUUCCAAAGCUGAUUUCCAGGAUUCAUCAGAUCAAGUCACAGUGAAGAUGGAGAUUCUCUCAUUCUGCCACAGCUCCAGAGCCAGCUCCCCUCUCCCUGGGUUUAUUGUUUUCUUCCUUACUUGUUAUGUUCACAAGAUGGAAUCAGCCCAGUUCAGUGUGACUGGUCCUGGUCACCCUGUCACUGCAAUUGUGGGUGAGGCCAUUGUGUUACCCUGUCACCUGUCUCCCAGGAUGAGCGCUGAGAACAUGGAGGUGAGAUGGUUCCGAUCUGAGUUCCUUUCAUUUGUGCACCUAUAUCAGCAUGGGAAGGAUCAAUACGGGAACCAGAUGUCAGACUAUCAUGGAAGAACAGAGCUUUUGAAAGCUGCCAUCACAGAUGGGAAUGUUUCCUUGCGGAUUCUUAAUAUCAGACGCUCAGAUGAAGGACAAUACAACUGUUUUGUUCAAGAUGGUUCUUUUUAUGAAGAAGCCCCAUUGGAACUGAAGAUAGCAGCUUUGGGCUCCAAUCCUGUCAUCUCUGUGGAGAGUCACCAGGAUGGAGGGAUCCGGGUGGUUUGUCAAUCAGCUGGGUGGUACCCAGAGCCCAAGGUGCUAUGGAGAGAUCACAGUGGGCAAGAAUUACCAUCUCUCUCUGAAGCAAAAUCGCUAGGGGAUAGUGGCCUGUUUGAAACAGAAAAUUCUAUUAUUAUAAAAGAACAUUCAAACCAGAACCUGUCCUGUUGGAUCAGGAACACCGUUCUCAAUCAAGAAAAGGAAUCAACAGUUUAUAUAGCAGAUUUCUUUUUCCCAAGAGUGAAUCCGUGGAUGGUGGCUCUGAGUGUGAUUCUCCCAGUUUUGUUUGGUUUCAUUGGCCUCACUAUGUAUCUAUUUAAAAUAAAAGAUGAUCUUCAACGAGAACUUGACUGGAGAAGAAACAUCCUCUAUCCAGUGAAUGUGACUCUGGAUCCAGACACGGCCCAUCCCGAACUCAUCCUGUCAGAGGAUCAGAAAAGUGUGAGACGGGGAGACACAUGGCAGGAUCUGCCCAACGACCCUGAGAGAUUUGACACUGAGCCCUGUGUGCUGGGCUGUGAGGGAUUCACCUCGGGGAGACAUUGCUGGGAGGUGGAGGUGGGGGCUGGGCGAUUCUGGGCUGUGGGGGUGGCCAGAGAGUCUGUGAGGAGGAAGGGAGGGAUCAGCCCUAGCCCUAAGGGGGGGAUCUGGGCUGUGGAGCGGUUGUGGGGUGAGUUCCAGGCUCUCACCUCCCCUCGCACCCGCCUGCCCCUGAGUCGGGCCCCCAGCAGGAUCUGGGUUUGUCUGGACUGUGACCGGGGGCAGGUGACAUUUAUCGAUGCUGGUGACCAGGCCCCGAUCUUCACUUUCCCGCCGGGCUCCGUCCCUGGGGAGAGAAUCCGACCCUGGCUCCGGGUGGGGCGGGGAUCCCGGCUCAGACUGUGUCCCUGAGACACACAGUUGAGGGGGGAACCAGAACUCAACCUCUCUUACCGCGCACACCCCAGUCUCUAUGACCCUGCAGGACUCCCAUCUACCCAGCCUCUGGCUCCUCAUCUCUAUGGCCGCU